AUGGUCUUGAUAGACGAUUCAUCGUGGGAACCAAUCAAAGAGACUGAUAAGCAACAAUUUUGCGUGGAAAUGAUGAAACGUCUCGAUAUUCAACGAAGGAACGAGCAGUUCUGCGAUGUUGUUUUGGAGGCGUGCAACGGCGAGGAUCUUGCUCGCUUUAAAGCUCACAGGAUCGUAUUAUGCGCAGCAAGCCCAUUUUUCUACAGUGCUCUUAACAGCGACAUGAAAGAAAGCAAAGAAGGACUUAUUAGAUUAGAAGAUACGAGCAAAAUUGCGAUCGAGCAAUUGUUAGACUAUCUUUACACCGGGCACGUGGACGUCACGCAACACAACGCCUUCGAUUUGCUCAGGAUAGCAGAUUUCUUGGUGAUUCCCAGUUUGAAAGAGAUUUCAAGCAAGUUUAUGAUACAAGCAUUGUCUUCUUCAAACUGUCUAAUGGCAUAUUAUUCGGCUGUGAAUUAUCGGUGCAGCGAAUUACAAGAAAAAGCGAGGGAUUUUAUCUGUGCAAAUUUCGCGAGCGUUGUCGAACACGAAGAUUUUCUGAACUUAACCAUCAACGAGGUGGGGGAGUGGAUUUCAAGCGAUGAGAUCAGAGUGAGAGGAGAAGAAGACGUUUUCCAGGCAAUUGUGAAGUGGGUGGAAAAAAGGGGGAGCGGAGAACGUGCGAAAUUUUUUGAAUUAAUUCGUCACGUUCGGCUUAUUUACUUGUCACGCAGUUAUGUUUUCAAUGAAAUUUUACCACAUCCUUUUGUGAACGAAGACAAAGCAUGUACAGCAUUUGUCUUAGAUGCAAUGAAAGAGGUUUCUUCAGGCUCUGAAGAGUGCUUUUUUGCUCAAACACCAAGAAACUGCCUGAAGACAACAGAAGAUUGCCUCGUUUUUUUUGGACCAAGUAAAACGCUUUGUUAUGUUCCCCCAGAAAACAAGUGGUAUCAGAUGGCAGACAAAACCGAGAGUAGGUCUAUGUAUUCUGCGAGUGUUUCUCAUGGUAAAGUUUAUAUCAACAAUGGACCUGGUGUUGAUUAUGCUAUUGAGCGUUUUGAUCCAGCCGCAAACUCAUGGUCACCUUUGACGUCGUAUUGUGGCCAGAUGUCACACUCCUGUGCAGCUGUGGUUCAUUUUCAAGGAUUUUUGUAUGUGAUUGGCGGGGAAAAAAAGGGAGAGGUAGCAAAUUGUGUACAUAAAUACAAUCCAGAUACAAACCUAUGGCAGGAAGUAGCAGCAAUGAAUGUUUCACGAUCUUCACUAUGUGCUGUAGCUGACAAGGACACCUUAUAUGCAAUUGGAGGUUGUUCAAACAUACGAACACUGGAUGUGGUAGAAAGAUUUGAUCCCAAAAUGAACUCCUGGUGCAGAGUUGCUUCAACUCUAGAAAAGAGAGAGAACUCUUGUGGUGUAAUUUUUAAGAGCAGAGUGUUUCUGUUUGGAGGCUUUACCAGCCGCGAGUCCGUGGAUUUAUCUUCUUCCAUUGAAAUGUAUGACCCAGUGUCAAACACAUGGACAGCCAUUCAGAAUAGCUCUGCACCAACAUGCUGUUAUGGUGUCACAAGUUUAAAUGGAAGUGUUUAUGUAAUUGGAUUUCAGAGCCAUGAUCGUUUCUUGUGGAUUUAUGACCCUGACAAGAAUGAGUGGAAGCACUGUGCUAGACUACCUAGCCCAGUGCCAAUUUCUUUAGUUCCUCUGAGAAUUCCAAGAGACAUUUUAAACAUAUGUAAGGUUGUAGCAUAG